AUGAAGAGGAAGGUGAGCGUCGGAAGCGACCGCGCCCUGCGGCCCGUGCUUCCCAAGGAGCGGAAGCAGCGCAGCGACCACAACAACAGCGACCACAACAGCGGCGGUGGCGACGAGGAGGGCAUCGAGGACGUGCUGGUGGACAAGGAGCUCAUGUUCCUCAUCUUCGGACCCGAUCUGUUCACGUGGAAGGACCUGCCCGACGCGGUGCUGCGCCAGCAGCUGGUGGCGGGCAACGUGGUCUCGUUCGGGCUGGCGGACCCGUCCGGCCACGGGGACCACGUCGACAAGCUGCGGCCCAAGUGCGUCGAGGCGCUGGCCCGCGAGCGCGUGCGGGACGUGAGCGCUGGCCUCUACCACAGCCUCGUCGCCACCAAGGACGGCGGCCUACUCUCAUUCGGCUACGGCAGUGCUAACGUGGUCGUAGAUGGUCGGCUGGGUCACGGCGAUCAGCGCACGCAGAUGAUUCCGCGCCCGGUGCUCUCGCUCUCCGGCGUUCGCAUUGUGAAGGUCGCUGCGGGGGCACACCACAGCCUGGUCCUCAGCGACCAAGGCAACGUGUUCUCAUUCGGAGUCGGAAUAGACGGGAGUCUCGGGCACGGCGACCAGGCCCGGCAGUUGGUGCCCAAGCUCAUUUCCAGCCUGCAGCGCGAAAAGGUGGUCGACAUCGCCGCAGGCAGCGCACACAGCCUCGUGGUAGCGGAGAGCGGCGAUGUCUACUCGUUUGGCCUUGGGAGCGAGGGCGCCCUGGGCCAUGGCGACACAGACAUGAGCCUCGUCCCGAAGAAGAUUGAACAUUUUGUACAGCGACCAGCAGUCAAGGUUGCUGCUGGCGGCAGCCAUAGCCUCGUUUUGUCCAAGCUUUAUGUGCUCGAGCAGGAAGGAAGAGUUCUCUCCUUUGGACAGAACAGCUACGGCCAGCUGGGCCUGGGCCACUUUUCGCGCAUGAUCGCGUCGCCGGCCCAAGUGCAAGUCGAAGCUGCGGCCGUGGAAAUCGAGGCGGGAGCUCACCACAGCCUCGUUCUCACCAACGACGGCCGAGUCUACUCCUUUGGGCUCGCGCAGCAUGGGCAGCUGGGCCAUGGCAACGACCUGCGUGAUAACCCCGAACCGACCCUGAUCCAGUCGCUGGAGAGGGAGCGCAUUGUGGACGUUGCUGCGGGGAACAACUUCAGCCUGGUGCUCAGUGCGGAGGGCACGGUGUUCUCGUUCGGCUGCGGCAAGAAUGGUCGAUUGGGCAAGGGCGACGAGAGCAAUGCCACCCAACCUACCGUGGUCUUUGCCGCGGGCCACACAGUCUCAGCCAUUUCGGCCGGCUACAGCCACAGCCUGGUCGUUGUCUGA